UGUGCUCCAAUCAGAACUUUCAGUCCGCGCUCAACGUUCAUCGGACAUAUCACGUCUCAGUUCGGUCGGUUUAUCUCCCAUGCGAUAUUCAAAAUACGUUUGUAAUUAUUAGCACGAUUUAAGUGACGUCCCGGCAAAUCCAGUGCGCUGCUUCACCGUAGCUUACUUUAUAAAUUUUCGCAUUUGCGAUCUGUUCCCUUCCCUCGCCGACGCUUACCGCUAGCCGCAAGCGCCAAGAGCCAAGCGACGACGCUGGAGAACUAUCAUAAUCAUUCGUUCGGUACCCGGUGUCCGAGAAGCAUCAUCUCUCGCCAUCCAGUAGCAGCGCUCGAACCUCGAAUAUCUCAAAUCGCAAUAUUGAGUCUAGAACAUCCCGCGGGUACAGUGUGCGGUGCUAAUCAAUUGCUUAAACUUUGGGAUAUCGGUAUCAAAUCAACGGUGUAGUGCUGACCAAGUGAUUCUUCAUAUCCGGCGAGAGUGAUAAAAUCCAGGAAAUCGAGACCAAUUAAACGACUUGAUGACAAACAGCCGUCCAAAUCAAUAGUGCGCAGUGACGAUCCAUUCGGCUGUAUUAUUGAUCACCACCUAGCCGAAUCCGAUCACGUGCCAAUACGAAAAGAGAUUUCACCGCGAUAGAAGAAAGAAAAAGUAAUCCCAGUGCUGUUGCAGACGGAAGUGUUGUUAUUUAAUUGCCACUUAUUACGCGCUAAACCACUUUGCGGUAUUAGAACAACAGUGCAGUGAUCGGGGUUUGCAACUAACAAAGUGAUCUACAACACUUGAUCAGCGAUAGCUCUCAACAAUGACAGAAACGAAACUCCCCAUCUCGAUAAAGGCCAAUCGACGGCUCGUUCACCAGUAUUUGGCGGCUAUUUGCGUUAACAUCAUUUCGUUAGCGCAAGGUACCGCCAUUGGAUGGUUGUCGCCAUUUCUCCCGCUGCUUGUUUCCGCGAAUGCUCCCCUGCACACCGGCCCCGUAACGGAUAUCCAAGCUACGUGGAUCGCUUCGCUGCUCUGUGUAGGUGCUAUCUUCGGGACGGUUCUUUUCGGCUGGUCAGCGGACAAAUUCGGGCGGAAGUUUUCGCUCUGCAUUGCAGCUAUCCCCCUUCUCGGAUUCUGGGCAUGCGUUGCCUUCGGAGGAUACGUGGAAAUCUUGUACCUGGGGCGAGUGCUGGCAGGUUUGGGAGCUGCCGGAGUAUUCCUUCUUGUACCGCUCUACGUUACAGAAAUUGCAGAGGAUAGCAUACGAGGCUCUCUAGGAUCAUUCUUCAUCCUAUUCAUAAAUAUAGGAACGUUGGUGUCGUUCGUCGUUGGCAGCUAUUUGUCAUAUCACAUCACAUCGUACAUUCUCAUGACAUUGCCGAUCGUGUUUUUGCUGUGUUUCAUAAAUUUUCCGGAGACACCGCAGCACCUUAUUCGUUGCAACAAAAUUGAAGAGGCUGAGUGCUCGCUGAAGUAUCUUCGCGGUUACACAACUUCUUUGGAGCAUGUUGAAAUGAUGAAGACGGAAAUGACUACCAUGAUUAACCAGGUUUACCCGAACGGAAAAGAUUCCAGUGAAGAUUCAUCUCUGAAGUUGGCUGAUUUUGCACCGUUUUCAACCAAGAAAGCUCUCUUGAUAGGAAUGGUCCUGGUUACGUUGAAUCAGUUCUCGGGAUGCUUCGCCCUCAUCAAUUACACAGCGAACAUUUUUGCUGAAGCUGGAUCGGAUCUGAAUCCCAACACAGCUGCUAUGAUCGUGGGCAGCAUCCAAAUCGUGGGUUCUUACGUUUCCACCUUAGUGGUUGAUCGUUUCCAGCGGAAGGUGCUUUACAUCGGAACUGCCUUCGGAUCUUCUGUUGGUCUGGCUGCGAUGGGAGUUCACGCCUACCUUAAAAUGUACGGAUUCGAUGUCAGUGCAAUCAAUUGGAUCCCGGUGGCCAGCUUAUCGUUUGUGAUAUUCAUCGCCGCGUGCGGUAUCCUGCCGCUAACUUUCGUGAUCCUGUCGGAGAUCUUGCCACAGAAGCUGAGAAGCUUCGGAGGAUCUCUGUGCACCACAUUCCUUUGGGUGGUGAGCUUCAUUGUGAUCAAGUACUUCCCUGUGAUGGUGGAAGUGCUGGGUAUGCAUGGCUGCAUGUGGACCUUCGCCGGAUGUUGUAUGUUCGGAAUGUUCUUCAACGCGUUGUUUAUUCCGGAAACGCGAGGAAAGAGCAUUGAAGAAAUCACGCUAGCAAUGGAGGGUAGGAACAAGGAUUAAAAGGGCAGUGCCAUGAGUGUGUGCGUGAAUAUAAGUUUGAGUGCCAUUAGAAGGUUAUGCAACCAAAUAAGUCGUGAGGAAAUUAUGCAAAAAAUGAAAAAUGUGUGUAGAGAGUGAUGAGUCAGUGACCGAUAUUUAAAGCGUAUAACGCAGUGUUUCCUAUUAGUUUGACUUCUCUCAUUAGCUUUACGUAGAAUAUGGCAUUAUUUAAUUUAUAUCAACAAAUUGUGAUUGAUGUGAUGAAACUAUUUUACUUUCUAAAUAAAUUAUGAGAUUAUAAGAAGGGUAAUUUAUUUUUUGUUCGC